AUGACGGCUUCUAUCGAUGAUAUCGACCGCCGGUCGCAGGUCGACGAGAAGGCUACCAUGCAGCCCCAUGAGGCGAGCAGCGACUUCGAGCCGCAACAUAGUCACCAGGAGGCUGCGGAGGAGCUGCACCUGCACGAGUCGGAGCGGGAUAUUCCAAUGACCUUUCGUCGUUUCAUGGGCUUCACGGCCAUGGCGUUCCUUUGGACGGGUAGUCAGAUCCCCGUGUAUCUCUUUGGUGGUAUUCCGCCGUAUAUCUAUGGAUCCAUUGGAGGCUCAGACCGUUGGAUCUGGUUUGUCCUCGCAAACCUGCUCAGUCUGGCUGGCGUCUGUCCCUUCGUCGGAUCGCUUUCUGACCUGAUCGGCCGUCGCUACGUCGCUAUCAUCGGCGCCACGCUCAUCGUCGUGGGAAUGAUCGUCUGCAGCACCGCGAACACGAUGAACAUCUUCAUCGCCGGCAUGGCCAUUGCAGGCGCCGGCGCCGGCGUCAACGAACUAACCGCGCUGGCCGCAACGUCGGAAAUGGCACCGACCCGCAAGCGUGGUGUCUACGUCGCCGUGUUGAUCUUCACCAUCGUCCCCUUCUGCCCGUCGGUGCUGUGGGCCCAGCUCAUCGCGUACCAUAGCAGCUGGCGCUAUGUCGGUGCGUUCUGUGGUGCCUGGGCCGCUUUCGGUCUGCUGAUCACUAUCAUCUUCUACUUCCCGCCACCGCGGGUCAACUCGAUGGGUCUGAGCAGACGCGAGAUCCUCAGUCGUGUGGAUUAUGUGGGUGGAUUCUUGAGUAUUACGGGGUUGAUUAUUUUCCUCGCUGGUACGCAGUGGGGUGGAUAUAUGUAUCCCUGGAGCUCCGCCCAUGUCCUAGCCCCCCUAAUCAUCGGCUUUGCGUUGCUAGUCGCCUUCGGCUUCUGGGAGGUCUAUGGCGCCAAAUACCCAAUCUUCCCGUCCAAGCUAAAGCAAGAGCCUCGCACACUGGGCCUGACCCUCGUGAUCACCUUUAUCUCUGGCGCAAACUUCUUCUCCGUGCUGAUGUUCUGGCCGACGGAGUCGUUCAACGUCUACGGCCAUGACCCCGUCGCUGUCGGCAUUCGCAGUAUUCCCAUUGGAUUCAGCAUCUUGGGCGGAGCGUGCAUUGUUUUGGUCCUGCUGAGUGUCUUCCGAGGUCACAACAAGGAGUUGUUGAUUGUUAGUAGUAUUUGCAUGACUGCAGGCUGCGGUGCCUUGGCCAUUGGACGCCUCGAUAAUCUCUACCAGCUGUGGGGAAUCCUCGUGCUAGCCGGUCUUGGAAUCGGCGGCAUUGUGGUGCCGGCUUCCAUCAUCACGACUAUCAUCUGCCCCGACGACCUCAUCGCCACCAUCUCCGCUCUAACCCUCUCCAUCCGUGUCGUCGGCGGCGGCGUCGGAUACACGAUCUACUACAACGUCUUCAUCUCCAAAUUUAUCCCGCUCGCAACAGAGUACAUCGGCGGGGUGAUGGAGAUGGACCUUGGCAUCACGGACCCCGAGCUCAUCGGCGAGGCAAUCCAACUCACGGGCGCGUCUCUGCUGACGGAGCUGAAAGCGAUCCCCGGCAUUGGCACCAAUGAGACGGCAUAUGAUAUGGUCGUUUUGGCGGGCCAGAUGGCCUAUGCGCAGUCAUACAAGUAUGUUUACUAUGUCAGUAUUGCCUUUGGCGCGAUUUCGAUCAUCGCGGCGUGUUUCCUCGGCAGCAUUGAGAAGUAUAUGACCGAUCAUGUGGCGGUGGUCAUGUAG